AUGCGGACCCACCUGUACUCUACCUUCGUGGACCUGACGAAAGCCUUCGACACGGUGAAUCGUGAAGGACUGUGGAAGAUCAUGCAGAAAUUCGGCUGUCCGGAGCGAUUCACUCAGAUGGUGCGUCAGCUGCACGACGGUAUGAUGGCGCGAGUCACGGACAACGGAGCUGUCUCAGAGGCAUUCGCAGUGACCAAUGGAGUGAAGCAGGGUUGCGUACUGGCACCUACCCUCUUCAGUCUUAUGUUCUCUGCCAUGCUGAUGGACGCCUACCGCGACGGACGCCCCGGGAUCCGCAUCGCCUACAGGACAGACGGUCACCUCCUGAAUCAACGGCGGAUGCACUUCAAAUCGCGCGUAUCCACAACCACCGUGCACGAACUCCUCUUUGCCGACGACUGCACCCUGAACACCACCUCGGAAGAGGAGAUGCAACGGAGCAUGGACCUGUUCUCCGCCGCCUGCGAGAACUUCGGUCUGGUCAUCAACACACAGAAGACGGUGGUGAUGCACCAACCGCCACCCCACUCGGUCACAGCACCCAACGCGCCGCCGCAAAUCAGCGUGAACGGAACCCAACUGCAAGUGGUGGAGAACCUCCCGUACUUGGGCAGUACUGUCUCCUGCAACACCAAGAUCGACGACGAAGUCGCCAACAGGAUCUCGAAAGCCAGUCAAGCCUUCGGUCGCCUCCAAAGCAGUUUGGAAUCGUCAUGGUCUCCAGCUGAGCACGAAACUGAAGAUGUACAAGGCCGUCAUCCUGCCGAUGCUACUGUAUGGAGCGGAGACUUGGACGGUGUACGCAAGGCAGGCACUUCGUCUGAACAACUUCCACCUCAGCUGUCUUCGUCGCAUCCUGAGGCUAAAGUGGCAGGAUCGAAUCCCCGACACUGA